AAAACCAAAAUGGCGUCGGCAAACUUGGAGGAAGAUGACAGGGAUGAACUCAACUUCGGAAAGCUUUUCGUGCGAACGUUUAGCUCAAGUUCCCCACCAGACAAUAAGCGAGAAGCUCAGUGGAAGAUCGAAAGAUUGAACCUCUUAAACAUAGCUAACCUUUGCAUUAAGAAUGUCAUCGAUUCUGCGUUAAAACUUGGACGUGCAAUAAGCGAUGAAUAUUUCGAACCCUUUCAACAGUUUUUCGUUGUUUUGGAGAGCAUUUUGCGGCACGGGCUGAAAAGUAAGUAACUUCUUCCUAUUUCAAGAUAACUAGCUCAGUUAGAGUUGUGUUGAUGCUUUCGCUUUUGGGCCAGGUCUUUGUUUUACAGGAAGUGGAAAUGAAAACAAAGAGAUUGAUCAUUUUGUUACGUUGUCACAUGACAAAUAUAAGCUUAAUAAAUAAAAAUAUAUAUAUUUUUUAGAAUGAAGCUUCAUGUUCCAAGUGGUCAGUCAUUGCAAUCUCCUUAUUCGCUCUUCGAAGUUAAAUUUACGUUUUCGUUUCUCUGAGGUUUUUUGAGGAAAAAUACAAACAAAAACAAAAAGAUUAAUUUCAAGAAUUUUUCUUGUUUCUAUUCUUUCCUCAUUUUUUGUUAAUUUUUCUAAUGCUGUGUUUACACUCAAGCGCUUACCAAGGUAAACAUUAACUGACUAAACCCUGGUACAUUUGUACAGUGUUUAUACGGGCUCAAAUAACUAAGGUAAAAUUAAUCUGUCAUCAAUCACAGUCUAAUCGAAUUGGCGGCAAAUUCUAAAUCCACGCAUAAAAUGCUCGCAUUUAAAAGGGAAUCUGUGGCUCUUGUAGUCCUCGCGUUUUAUUUUCUUGUUCUUGAUCAGCAAACCCAGGAAUCGUGAUUGCAGCAGCUCUUACUUUUGUAGCACCUAAAGAGGUCAAGGCGAAAGCGAUUAAUUCUGCUACAAGUUGCCCUUCGCAAGACAAGGCGCGUUAGACGUGUGUGGUCGUGGCUGAGAAACCAAUUCUGGUUCGAAACUCUAUUAAACGGAAAUUUUGUUAAAGAUUGGUGGAAGGAGAACUUUGUAGUCCUGGUUGUUUUUGCAUAGGAAAAUGGCGACAAAGUGGAAUAUGCAUCUUUCCUGGCGAAACAACGCGAGGAUCAACAAUCACCGCAAGAAAGAAACAUUUAUUAUGCACAAAUUACCUAUACAAUGGUGUUAACUUUACCUUUCGGGUUGGUCGCAUUCGUAAUGAUUUGUGUCUUUUUUUUUUUUUGCCAUAACUUCUUCGUAGACCGAAACCAAACGUGGAAACCUGGUCGAAAACCUGGUCUCGAAAACGUGAUCGAAUGAGACUGAUGCAAUCCCGACACCACAGGAUGUGAAAUUCUGUGCGACCGCAAGUGGAUGUAUCUGUCAUCCAAACCUUGGUUACCGACCUUAACCAUGCCUGCUCGCAGGGUAAACCGAACUUUUACCUUAGUCAACUUUCUAUUGUCUUGAACGGUGUUUACCAGGGUAUCAGUUGGCGUUUACACACGCAAAAUAUUUACCUAGGUAAGUUAACUUCAACACCUCGGUAGCACGGUCAAGUCUAAACACAGCAUAACCCUCAAAUAACAUCAGACAAUAAUAAGUUAAUAAGUCUUACGAAGAAGUUUGGAAAUUUGCAAAAAAAAAUUGUGGUAAACUAUAAGUAAACACGCCUUCCAUAAAAUAAAUAAUCUCUCAUAAAUUUAUUUAAAUUCCUCUUGUCUUACAUGAAGUGAAACGCAACAUUCUUGGCCACAGAAAAGAUUAUUGGGGCCCAUUAGAAGCUUUGGAACAGGCAGCUCCUGAGUCAUCAGAAAUUGUUAAGAGUGUUCAGAACCUUCCAAAUAUCAGGUUAGUUUGAAAGCUGUAAAGGUACAGUUGAAUGGUGUAUAGACCUUGUCACGGUUUUGGAAGCCAUCUUGAUGAGUAGGCAAACGCGUGAGAAAUUACAGUGUUUGUAUGAGAAUCUAAUGUCAAAUCAUUUCCCUAAAAUGGCUGUUCUGAAAAAAAUAUGAAUUGUAGGCUAAUGCUAUAAAUUAAAAAAAGCAAAGGAUUAAUGUACUAAAAGAUUUUGGGGGCACACCUGUGCUUAAAUUUCUCCAGAGGCUUGCUUUAGAUUUUCCAAAUAUUUGUUUGUAAUUUUUCUGAGGACUUUCUUACAGACAAAUGUAUAGAAAAUUUCAAAAAUUGGUUCUAGGUCUUCUAGUGCAUAUAACCCCUCAAUUUUUUUUAGUAGAAAUCCUCAGGAGUAGCCUCCCCGCAGACGUCCUUUGGGGUUCGUUUGUCACACAUUCAUUUCUCCCCCACGGACGUUCCGUAGGGGAGAAAUGAAUGCGUGACAAAUGAACCCCAAAGGACGUCUGCAGGGAGGCUACCUUAGGAGUGAAGAUUAAUUUUAGUUUACAAUUCAUAUCUUUUUCAGAACAGCCAUUUUAUGGAAAUUAUUCGACAUUAGAUUCUCAUACGAACACUGUAGCUUCUCACGCGGUUGCCUAUGUUUCAGGGUGCCUUUAAAACCGUGACAAGGUUUAUUAUGCACCAAUCAAUUCAAAACUUCAACAUCCCCCUACGGCAAACCCUGGACCAUCACCUGUACUCCUGGGAGUGGGGAAUCUGACCUUAGCUUGGGUAGGGUGGGGAAUUUGGACUGCUUGUGUCAAGUUUAGCUCCUUUUAACGAUCAGGUGUCUGACCAAGGUUUUAGCCAGAAGGGUGUCCAGCCGUCCUAUGGACGCCCAUUUUUGGAAGAAACACAAGGAAAAUUCACCUAAUCUCUCAUACGUUUACGGGAAAACGUGAAUUCUGGACGGCCAGUUUUCAAUGUCUGGCUAAAAGCCUGUGUCUGACAACAUGGUUUCAUAGAGCAAUCUUUCUCAUGUAGUAGGAUGAAGAAGUUUAAAGUUACAGACUCAUCUUUUGUGAAGGAAUAGCUUGUCCGUCGUGAGGACAUCGAAAGCAAUGCUUGAUGAAUGAAUUUUUGUUACCAUCCAUAGGUAUGAGCCUCCUAAUUCACUCUCAUUUUGAUACAAAGUUAGGGGUAUAGAAUAGUUCCUGGAAAAAGGUGGGUCUCAAAAAAGUUUUUCCCAAUCUCAGAAGCAUUUUUGGUGGGUCUCGAAGUCUUUGUUUUGGGGUUUUUCUUCAUCUCGGAGUCUCAGAUGUUCUGAGAUCUCCAUAAUUCUCAGAUGAUAUGAAAGCUGAAUUCAAUAAUUGUUUUAUUAUUCAUUUAAAAUAAUUCCUAGUUUAAAACCAAGCUAAGACACACUUACCUCCAUCUAUAUUAAGUUCAUCUUCGAUAGUGCAUGCUAAUUGGCAAGUUUAGGAGAAAAAGGGUUGUUCACCCAGAGGAGGAAGCAUCUAAAUUAGUACUCUGGCAGCCAAUAAGUGGACUCAUGAACGUGGGAAGACCAGCUGUUACUUAUACAGAUACAUGUAACCUGAAAAGCGAUACCUGCUUAGAAAGUGUGAAUUUAGAGCUGAGAACAGCUAUGUUGGGAGACCUUGCUGGAAGAGGCGUGCUUAAUAGAGGCGUGCUCUUGCUUUGCCAUAGUAGCAGUAGUAAUAGUAGUAGGGUUGUUCAGCUCCUUAAAUAUUCUCCAAAUAGUAGAUGUCGUCUGUCGAGUUGACUUCUUGCUGUUUCUGCCGUGUUUUUCGUGAACACGAGUGAAAUUUUCUGUCAUUUUUUACUCACUACCAAAACAACUCAACCUCAUCCCCAGGUCUUCUCAGUUACAAAAUUGUUCCAAAUUUGGUGGAUAAUAGCUGGUUAUGAUGAAUGAUGCAAGGCAUUUUAGCCACAAUCAGAAACGGAGAAAUAUUUUGAAUGACUAUUAAGUAAUGUGCCUUUUGUUUUCACUCUGUUACAUGUACAGUGUGUACUUGUGUCAACUUUCCAGAUACGGGGCAAAAUUAAUCCCCAGCAGGGGAGUAUGGCCUAUAUUGGAAGGCUCUGCCUGAGAGGGGUAGGGUUGGGGUUUCAGUCUGUCUGUUAGAUAUUUGAAAGGGCCUUGUAUGGCUGUGUUAUUUUCAAUCCAAUAAACAGUACAUGAAAAAUGACAAGGAGACUUCCCGUUUUGGAGUUUUCUAAGGGUUUAGAAAAGGGGUACAGUGUUUUUAUGGAGGUAAAUUAAAAGGUUACCAUUUUUCAGUGGAAGGUGUGUGAAAGGGGUACCUUUGCUAAAAAGUAAGGGGUUGGACCGCAAGGCUGCAUAAAACUUUACCAAGUGCCUCUGACCCCCAUCUUGAAUUAAUUAAUUUUCUCAGUCUUAUGUAACAUUGUAAUGUUCUUAACAACAACAGCAUCAACUAUUAUUUAAACAUGGUAAUAGUUUAUUAAGCUACCCACUUGUGGGGUUACAUGUAUAUGUAUACAAAGCAAUUUAAGAAAAUGCCUCUUCAUAAGAGUAAUAAUUUCUAAUAAAUUAUUUUACAAAUUUUCCCAAAAUCCAGACUUUGCAUUUUUUCCUUCAGAACCAAUCAUGGCAAAGGAAGAGCAUGGGUUAGAUUGGCAAUUAUGCAAAAGAAGCUUGCUGAGUACAUCAUGAUCUUGGUUGAGAGUAAAGAUCUGCUUCGGUAAGUUAAUUGACAUCAGAGCUAUAUGCCUUUCUCAAAGGUACAAGACUUCUUUUGAGGGUUUCCUUGCUUUUAGGUACAGUUGACUAACAGCUUUAUUGACAUUAAUGUGUAACCAUGCCCAAGAGAUAAUCAAUAAAUAAUCAGUUUAAAUAUUCAAAAAAAAGUAUUAAUUAAAAGUUGUACUUAUAAUAUACAAAUUUCUGAUAAUUAUAUUGCUCAAGCUGUUGUAAAUAUUAAAUCAGGCAACAGACAGGGAAAAAGUUUUUACUUAUCAACCUGUCUGCAACACACCCUUUCUUUUGCUUGCUCCAUUUUGGCAUAAAUUUAAUUGAGAGUCUUGGCUCACAAAAAUCUCCAUCUUUUUUUUCUACAAUGUAUAUCUCCCAUAAUCCUUUUUGUCUUCAUUGGCCUUCCGCAGGGUGUGCAAUUAAUCCCCCAAGGUGACCCUCUCAUUAUAAAUUAAAUUUAUCAUUAAAUUUACUUUUUCAUCUGUUAUAAGAUGACACAGUGUUGCAACAAAUUAGUGCUUCCCUUUCUUUUCAGGUUACAGUUAAUCAUAAUCAGCAUUACAUAUGUUUUUAAUGUUUAGAGAAUGGUAUGAACCUCAUGCUGUAUUAAUGCAAGAAGAAGGAACAGUAAUCUCUGGUUUGCUUGUUGGAAUAAACAUAAUUGACUGCAAUUUUGAUCUUAAAGGAGAUAGUCUUGAUGCUUGGGUAAGAAUAUCUCAUAUGAAUAAAGAUUUCAACCUACUUCAAUUGUUAAUUUCCUUCAUCUUCUCACCCUAAUUACCAUUUACUAGCAGUAGCCAUUGUCUAGGAAGUCGGGGCAAACAUGUGGGUUUACCUUGGAGAUGUGAGUCAGGGGCAUUCCUGGGCAUUUUCCUGAGAUUUAAGCCCGACCAGAAUAAUGCUGAUAUAUGCUUAUUAAUUUACACUGGUACAAGAGCCAGGUUUUACAGGGUGUUAGGUAACUUUAGUUGGACCUUUAAGUUACAAUCACUUUACAUAAAUGUUACAUUUCCCUACUUCUAUACAAUAUCAUGAUGAACACAAAGACAAGGCUGUGUUAGCAUGGCAUAAAUGUAAUGCUGAGGCCUGGCACACAACUCCCAGACCGCCUUGUCCGAUCUGUGUCGAUGCUCUUGUCCCUGUACACAAGUACAGAAGAGCAAGCCCAGAGGACCUCUCUGCUCGUGUAUAAUGCGUAAGUACAUCUUGACCGUUCACAUACAACAGUGAAGGAUCGUUCUGGAGUUGCUGUCGACACUGGCAUCAUCAAAAUAAUUUAAAUCAGAAAUAAUUGAAAAUAGUUUUUAUGAUAUGUGCUAUACUGUUUUAUUUUAAAGAUGAUGUUAUGAUUUUUUCUUUUUUUAAGGUAUUUAUUUUUGCAUUGCAGUCAUCAGUUCUAGAUCUAAGUCUGUAUCUCAAGGAUGGAAAUUAUUUGGAAAAACCACCAGAAAAUAAAAAGUAAGUGAAAAUUCGGUUUUAAAGAGUUGCCUUCUCACUUUAUGAGUUUUUCACAGCUGAUUUGUGAGUGGUGGUACACGUAUUUAACUAAUCACCAAAACUGUAGUUGAUGUCUGACCAUGGUGGAUCGUGAACACAACUGUUCACAAACAUUUUGAGUGUUGUGAGUACACUACAUGUAUGUGUAUAAACCCAAAAGUCUGACUCUAGAUAGUGAUUAAUGCUACCUGUUUUGGGGCUCAAUGUCUUUUUGUUUUUGUUUGUUUGUUCAUUUGUUUUUGUCAAACUUAAGCCUGUUAAGCUACAUGUAUCACUUCUUAUUUCAAACUCAUUGACCAACCAGAAACGUAUUCACAAAAAUUGAACAAGAAAUUGUCCGUGUUAAUUAUUUGUAGGUUCAUUCAUUAAAAGGAUUUGUUUUGUUAGUGAGUCUUGACUGUGAAAGUAGAGAGUUAUCUGUUACGGCAACUUUGUGAGGAAUUUCAUCUUUGAGACUGCAAAAUUAGCAUCAAUCUAAUAAAAGAUAGUGCCGUAAAUCGUGCUUUGUCCUUGAACAUUAUUAUUAUGAUUUUUUUGUACAAAAGGAAUGAAGAACAAAGUGAUGGAAGUGAACUUAGUGUUCUCAUUGAUCAGAAAACUUAUCUAGAGGAAGUCAACAGGAACCUAAGGUAGGUGAUAGAACUUUCAUAAAUUUAUUUAUCCUUUCAUUCUGUUUACAAGUUCUAGUUGAAGUUAAUGUCCAGUCAAUGUUCAGUUCCACAGUGAAUACCUUGCAAGCAAAGUUGAAGAAUAUGAAAAUGACAAACGAUGAUUUAUCCACUCAGGUAAAAAUACGGUUAAGUAGUUAACUUUCAAAUUUUUAUACGUCAUGUACGUUGUUCAUACAUGCUUUGUAAAUAACACAGAAAAUAAUUAUAUUAAAAGUAUAUCAAUUUCGUGUGUGUUUGUUAGCUAACAUCCUGUACCGAGCAGAUUGUGCAGCUGAUGCAAGAAAGAGAUAUUCUGCAGGAUGCAAACAACCAAAUGAACGAAGUCAGUGCAAGAAAACUUCAAGUGAGUGCCCGUAGCCAGAGAAUACUGCUAGAUAGCCUGCAUAGCUAGCGGGCCUAGCAGCCAAAUGCUGUUUGUUUGUUGUUUGUUUUUUUUGUUGUUGUUGUUUUUACCAUAAAACUAUUCACUUUAUCAGUGCUUUUCUCCUUCUUUUCUUAAUUUUCAUCACACAUCUUGGCUGUAAAGUCGGCCCUUUGCGCCACCAAAGACACUACUAAAUUAAAAUAAAAUGCCUUGUUCUUCGCGCCCUGCCACCAAAGUGAGCCUUGAUGCACGUAUCACACGCGUGUUGUUCCAACUCGUUCCAGAUCCCUAUGUCGUUCUCGGCCUCUUUUUGAAUCGAGUAAUGGCGGCAAAACAAACCUGGGCCCAGUUGUUUGAACGCCGGUUAAGGAAAACUUGGAGUUAUGUUAAUCAGUACAACCUUCACUGAAAAACAAAAUAAAAUUUGAAUGACAUUGCAAUAAUCGGUUUUCUUUUUUUCUUUAACAGUGUUUGAUAUUUAAAUAUUUGUGAAAGUCUCUUAAAUGUCUAAUUCUCUUAUUCUGACUUUACAGCUUGCUCAAGCAGAUAUUGAUGUUGAAAGGGAGACAUAUCAGAAGUCAAGGUUAGGUCUUUAACCCCUCAUGUUCCCAGGCUUUUACUUAUCCCUACUUCAGAUGGCUGAGAGAGCCUGGGACAAGACUAGGUCAUCCUAGGUCAUUGGUAUAGCGUUGAAUUUUGUAGUUUUGUGUACUUGCCUCUAAACUUUUCCUCCAUCGAACUAUUCUUUUUCAAAACGUGUCAGUAGCAAAAGAGGAUAGUUAUGAAUAUUUUUAAAAGGUAGCAGUGCAUAAAGAGAAUAUACAUUGCAAGUUUUAGUCUUAGCUCAGUUGGUAGAGCUCCCAGAUCUGCAGAGCAAAAGGUUUUCGGCUUUGCUCGUUUUGUUUACGCGCAACUACGGAAAUAAAAUCAUUGCAGCGUCAAGCAGUUAUCUACAGUGUAACUCUAGCUGUUACAGGUUGUAUUAAGUGUUCUAUACAACGGAUUUUUAUCUUUGCAGGGAAGGUUUAAAUGAUAUGUACAAUGUUAUAAGAAAACAGCUGGAUACGGAAAUACAGCUUCGGAAGGUAAAGUACAACUAUAUGUGGCACAUGAAAAAUAGGAAGCAUAGGAAUCGGUACGGAAUUGACAAUGUCAAAAAAAAGCUUUAGUGUGCGAGACAAAAACGCUGCUCUUGAAUCACAUUUUGGUACAUGGCUUUGCGUACUCUGUACAACUACAACGUUUAAUAGGACAAUUGCACGAUGACGUCAUUUUACUACAACUACCAGAAUCCUUGAGUUUGUUGUUUUCUUGUGCAAAUUAAGGCUAUUGUUCUUUCAUCCUCAGCGGGAUUGACAAAUUUAAAUAACAAAGUAAAACCAAAAUGAAUUCUGGUAGUUGUAGUCAAAUAUCGUCAUCGUGCAAUUGUCCUAAUUUUCCUAAUGAUACGCCUCCCACCCCCUCCAACCCCUCCCCCGACGUCUUAAAGAGAAUGUGAUACGUGAUCAUACAAGGACGACAGCGAGCUUACCUUUUGGUUUAUAUGUACGGAGCUUACGAAGCCUUGAAGACGACCCCAAUGAAAAACUCAGUCCACUUCUAAAGUGAAGUUGUCUUUCAAACUUCAUUGCUUUAGUUGUUACUAAUCUGUCGCUACUGUUUCUUCCGACGUUUAGGAAACAGAAAAAGAGCUGGAAUUAGCAAGGAGCAUGAAAGAAGAAAGUGAAGUAAGUUUUUGUUACCUCCUAAGCUGAAGUGAUCCGUGUAUCGAUCCCCAGUUAGGCUUGAGGAGCUGUUGUUAGACAAACAUUCCUGUAGGGCACUUAGCAUGGAAAAGGAGUACGUUUUCCGGUGGUAUAGUGGGGCUCUGUAGUAUUGUUUAUUCACGAUUAGCCGAGAAGUAACUAUAGUUCAUGUAUACAUGUAAUAUAGUGGAGGCACUUAUUGUAGUUCAGUGAGACACCAUUACCCCUUACACAGUACCUCCUCCUGAAGUUUCCACAUGAAAACGACUUUGAUACGAAUUUCCCCGUUAACACGGAUUCACUUCCGUUUUCAGUUUUUUUUGGUGAGUGCAUGGAUAUUUAUCUUUCUCGUCAGGUCGCCAUGCGACUUCUGGAGAAAGAUAUACACGACAAGCAAGAUACUUUGAUUUCUCUACGAAGACAAUUGGAGGAUGUCAAGAAGCUCAAUCUUGAACUUCACAACAAGCUACAGGUACUUCAGUCUGCUACAUAGUUACUAUUGGGGCAACUUUAAAGAGGGCUAUGUCAUGAAGAUUGCUGUUUUAGGUCAAUUCUGUGCUAAAGUCAUUGUCAGUUGAGGUGACUUUAAAAAAUGUUUUGCUAAGGUGUCUGUAAACACUAGAGGUUCAUUAUCCAGGUUGAGUUUUUUUUAGAGAAAUAUUAGAGAAAUACGUCAUUGAGAAUGUUGAAAAUACCAAUUCCGAGCCUCUAGACCGUCCCCCCCUCCUAACAAACUCGCAUCUCCGGCGCGGGUUUUCAAGCGCAACCCCUCCCUACUCCCUCCAGGUUGAAAUUGCGCUGCGCCGUCCCUGAUUCAGUGCUUUCACAAAGUCCUCCUUGAGAGUUAUGAAAAAGACGUCCAACAGUUUUCAACAGGGAUCACUAAUCAUAAUAAUCAUGAUGGGUGAUUUUUGCAGACAUAGCAUUAAAACGUGAAAAAGCUUGCCCAUUGUGUAGCACUGGCCUGAAAUUGGCAUUGUCACCUUAUCUUAAACAUGCUCUUUCCAUUAAAGAAAAUUAUUCAGUUCUAGCCUUAAUUUUUGUUUUAAUCGGUCACGUGAAAAGUCAAUGCAUAUGUCUUUUUGUGUAUAAUACUCUUAAAAUUUGGCAUCACGCGAAUUAGUUUAAAUUAGACUGUUUAGAGUCUCCUACUUUACCGUAUGAUUGUCGAGAUAGAGCGCUUACCGUUACAGGAGGGCAUCUUGCUUUCACAUGGACUUAGGGAGUGGGCGGAGGGUCUCUUCUAUGGAAAAGACGGUGUAGCUCGUUUUUCCUCAUCCAAAGUCAAACCAGUACUGUGAGUCAAAUUUAAUGGUCGUAGUAAACGUUGCUCGUCUUGCAAACGUAACUUUCAUGUGAAUGGUUUUCCUAGAAUUUUACCUGCAGUCCAAACUUAAAACUGCUUGAAAUGUCUCCAUAAGUGCCUGGAAUUGAUAGUGUCAUUUUGUUAUCGUUAUGUUAGGUGAGCGAAUCUUCAAGCAAAAACCACAUGAGCAAAUGGACAGAACUUGAAGAGAAAUGUGCCAAGAUGACCAGUCGUACCAAGGAAGUAGAGAAAAGGUGCGUACGCAGACAAUGACAAAAAAAAACCAAGUCCCAAGUUGAAAAUUUGCUGUUGGUGGGAACUGCUUAAAAGUGGUAAUAACAGAAAGAGGGUGAAUAUUAUAGCUAAUAACUGCGUUCCUAAACUGAAAGUGAUUACAUAUAGAGGGCCGAAAGCGCGGGAAAGUAGGUGCUAGCGAGUCACGAUUAGUUUGGUGUUUGGUUCUACUUUUGAUAUUUGAAAUGACGCGAUAUUAUUAUUUUUUUCGAUAUUAUUAUUUUUUUGGAGCCACUCUCACAUCAUAGUAAUGCAAUACCAAAGCAAUCACAAAUAUUGUGAAACUCAGAGGUCAAUAAAGGUGUAAGUACAACUGAGUACAACUGAGUCAAAGUAAAUAACAAUUGUCCACCGUAGAAUCAUUCAAAAGCCUAACAAGAUCUGCCAUGGUGGACAGUUUAUUUAAGUUACUUACUUAACUUAAAUCUUUUUGUUUCACUCUCGAAGCUAACCCCUCUAUUCAGCUAUAACUCCGAAGUAGUUGCACGCAUUCUAAUAGUACUGAUGUGUUAAUUUUAGUCUGAGUGAAGCCUUAGCAAAGAAGACCGCGGCAGAAAACAUGGUCGAUCAGUUGAAUAAUAAAGUGGUGGACAGUGAGAGUGAAAGGUAAACCAAAGAAUCAAAGUAAAAUCAGUGAGAGCGGAGUCAAUCAAUCACCCCUGUAGUCUCCCAUACAGCCGUUUUUGUCUCAUCACGCAAAGCUCCUCCCCGCCAAAUAAGGAGCGUUGGAGGCAAUCACCCCUAAGGCAUAGCCAACUGACUGCUUGAAAAUUGAAGUUUGGAAGAUUCAGAGGCUGUUGCUGUGGCGUCACGCGGCCGAGAAAGACUCAGCUGUCUCACGCACGUAGAAAAAAGUGGCCAAGCUUUUGGGUGUUUGCUAUCUGAACAGUCCUUCUAUUGAAAUUAGUUCUAAUUUCAGUGUGUCAUCUUACAAGCCUCGAUGAGACACAGUUCUUUUAGUUUUCCGGUCACCAUGUUAAUGUCCCUUAGAAGGAAACCAUCAUGAUGUCCCCAUACAAAGCUUUCAAAAUGAGGGUGAAAUUUCUCGGGGACAAACAACUGCAGAUUUAGUACGCCUAAUGAGGUUUCUCUUAACAUGGUUAAAGUUUGAUAGGGCAGGAACAAUAUGUUAAUGAAGACUUUUGUUUUCUGUAUCUUUGUUCUUACUUUACCAGAACUGCUUUAGACACUAACCUUAAAAUAGAACGCGAUUGGCGGACGAGUUUACAAGAAGAAUCGAUAAAAGACAAAGAAAAAGUAGCUGCCAUGCAGGUGGAAUUAAAGCAACUGGAAACACUCAAAAAGGUGACAGUUUGUGUUAUAUUGUAACGCACUCCUUUUUAUAGUUUGAUUUUUCCUUUUAAUGAUGCUUAGAGGUGUCACUUCAAGGGUUCCUCUGACCGUAUGUUGAAUUUAAUACAGUUUGAAAAGUGCUUUUCCUUUAAAAAGUCGGAAGAAAAUAUGACCUCACUGUGGCGACACUCUGGUUCUCACGCUAUAGGUUCCGAGUUCGAUUCCUCAAAAUGUUAUUUUUUUUUUCCCCUUAUUUAUUUGUUUAUUUAUUUCAUUUAUUUCUGUUUUUUUCUCAUUUUUACUGUUAUAAUGAUUAUGGCAACUGUUUUGUUAAUCAAGACGUAAUCGUCCCGCGAUUUAGCUUGUGUUUAUUCUAAACCACUAUUAUUGUAGCCUGAGUGACCGCUCUAAGAGCGUCUUCAACUAUUGAUUCUUCUUUUAAUAGGAAUACCAGGUUUUGCACGAAAAAUAUGUGGGAUUGAAAAAAUCCUAUUCGGAGCAAGAAAUGGUGGGUAUUAAAAAUGUGCUGCCGUUGUUUUGUGUCAACAACUGUGUAUCACAGGGCCUGGAUCUGGUCAUUUCAACUGAGCAUGCGCCAAACCUCAAACAACUGACAUAGCUUAUCGCAGACUAUUCAGGGAUCACGGCAACGUUGUCUAUGGCCAAAUUCAGAUUGAGAAUUAUAAACUUGUAUUUUUUGGUGAUUUAUUGGUCUAUAAAAUAAAUAGUUUCUACACGUUUUGAGGCUCUCAGUUAGUGGGGACCAGCGAAAAUAAAAUAGAGAAGCAAACUAAAUAGAUAAGGAGGAGAUGAGUAAGUGGGCCUCUGAAACGAAGUAGAAUGCUCAAAGAAAUGCAUGCGCUCCGAUUUGUUAAAGGAAUGUCUUGAUAUUAAGUUGUUUGAAGUUGAAAAGAUGGAAACGAGUUGUUUUGGGGUUGUAGGGGUACAUGGUAAAACAUUUGUUUAACACAUUUGAAGAGUACUAUUCACUGGACAAAGACAGCUCUCAAUAAAAGUGUGGCUGUUUGAUAGAUUAUUUUUUUCUUUUUUUCAGGCCCUUGUAGAGAUGGGUUCUCAUCUAUCCAAGUAAGUUUCAAGUUGUAAUCUCAACAACGGUAACAGUCAGAACAGAACAGAACAGAACAGUCAGUAUUGCAGUGAAAGGAAAUAACUUUCUAUUAAUCUAAGGGCCAACAAAUGCAGACAACAUUUUUUAUAAGAUCGAUAGGCGUUAUACGCCAGUUAUACCAGCAACAACCUAAAUUAUGAUAUAAGACAAAGUAUUGUUGCCAAGAUAAAACAAUGAAGGCAAAAUUUAUCAACUUGUAGCGGACAAAUCCAAUGAAGUUAGGCCAAGACAAACGGGGCAAUAACGCACUUAACAGUGCUUGAAAUGACUGGAGUUUAAUGUGUCGGGUGCCCAUCCUUGAAAUUAUCAACAACAACGUUCCGUGCAAUAUUAGAGCAACCUUAACUCAGGCAACAUAAGUUUCAUCAUGUUAACCAACUUUAACACUGCUUGCAAUGUAAGGAUUCAAAAUUUCAUUCUUCAGCCAGUCAAAAGUCUAAUUCAUAUGUAACGUUGCCCAACAAAUGAUGGGCAUUAAUUUGCAAUGUGUAGGCGCUAGGAGCGUAACAUGUUGCGAGCAAAAUUUUAAGCAAUGUUGCACCGUUUCUCCGUGCCGUCUGUUCGUCACGUAUAAUUUGCCACCUUGCCAGUGCAACAACUUUAAUGGUGCUACUUUUCUCUUUGUAAAAUGGAGGUUCGUCUAGCGAGUAGAUGGUAAUAAGGGUAUCGAGAAAUGAAUCUCAAGUAGCAUUGUAACAUGGUGCUCGAUAAAAAGGAGGAAAUUGUUGUCCGAAUAACUUCAGAGAAGAGUUAGAUAGCUGGAAGUGUAGAUUUUGUUAAUGUUCAUUUCUGUUCUUGUCAGUUCACAACAAAAAGUUGAAGAAAUGAAAGAAGUCACACAGUCUAUGAAGGUACUCUUGCUAGAUAUGGCAUAAAUGAUCAAACUUUUUUUUUUUCAGUUGUUGUUUAUUUCAGUAGUUUGUUUUGGUUGUUGUUGUUUUGAAACAUUAAAUAGCAUUCCAGUUUCAAAUUUCUGCUUGGUUCAGUUUUUGACACAUUUCCUGCAUCCUGCCAAUAACGUCAAUGUCGAAAGCAUUCUCUUCAAUUGUCAUUGUUAUUGUUCAUUAUUUAUUCUUUUAUUUGUUUUUGCUUGUAUCAUCUUUUAUAAUCUUUCUUAGGAUAUGAAGUGGGCCGAAGACAGGGAUGCUUUGCACUGUCAACAAUGUAAUCAACCGUUUUCUUUAGCCAGAAGAAAGGUACGUGUCACUGAAUUUCAAAAUAUUCUUAAAUCCUUGUCAUGAGAAUUUGUAACCAGGCUGCGAUCGUUUCUUAGUUUCUCGAAUUUGUAAUGCGCUUUGUCAUACCAAUUUCUGCAUAGUGUACUCGAUCUUAUAAGAAAGUGUUAACAACCAAUCAAAGCGCAAGUAAUAAAUGUGCUACACGAAGGCAAUAAGGUUCACUUUUUUGUAAAGAUACAGCUGACGGUGUAAACAAGAGAUAGGAUAUAAGGAAUGAGAAAAUCUUCCUUUCUUCGUCAUGAUCUUUCUCAUCUCGAUUUCUUGUUCCCGCUUCGUAGAAUCCACAAGAGAUAAUUUUGAGGGGGAAAAAACCGACUGCAAACAGCUUAUGAGGCUUUAGUUUCUCAAAAAUCCCAGCCACCAGUUGUUCAAACGUUGGAUAGCGCUAUCUACCACUAUCCAGUGGAAAAAUAUCAGCUGUUUAUUUGCCCCUGUUCCAUAGAAAGAGUAUAUUGCUGUUGCUGCUUCAGUUUUUUGUCAGUAAAAAAAAUGUUUUCGCACGAGGUGAGUGACCUAGCAGGUAGGCUGCGUAUCAGGCAAAUACGAAAUGAAGGGCGAUUACAAGAAUAGGCCGCGAGGGAGUAGGAAGCGCGCGUGGAUAGUGGAAGGUACCUCCCUCUCCUCGCAUUCGCGUUCUCUCGCGCAUGCUUUGUUUAUCUCGCGCCCAGUAUUUCUUAUGCGCCUGUCACACAGGACACACAGGCUACCCACCAGGCCGAAGCCUAUCUCGGUUUCCAUAGACCUCAGCGAAGGCUCGAACCAUUAGGUCACCGCUCCUCCCACCCUGUUUUUAUUAUUAUUAUUAUUAUUAUUAUUAUUAUUAUUAUUAUUAUUAUUAUUAUUAUUAUUAUUAUUUUAUUUUUUUAAUAGUACUCAUAAUAUCUUCCUUUUUUUUCUCUCUGUUAAAGCACCACUGUCGCAACUGUGGAGGUAUUUUCUGUAACUCCUGUUCGGAUUACACAAUGCCUUUACCUUCCUCAGCCAAGCCUGUUCGAGUUUGUGACGCAUGUUACACUGCUCUACUGCAGAGGUACCAGAGGUAACAGCCCGCGAUACGUGUAACCAGCUGAUAUUCGAGUGAGCUCAGCUCACUCGAAGUAUGAGAGCUCGAACGGCAUGUAAGACGCGUAAUUAUCAGGGCGUGGAGUCAGUAACUGAAACAACCCUGGGAAAUGAUUCUUAAACCUUUGUCCUGCAGGGAUCAAAGGAAAGUGGAAUAAUUUUAACGGUAUCAAAUGUAACAUUCAAAUGCAGACGUACAUUGUUUUGAAUUUGGCAUUAAAUUUAGUCUUUAAAUUUCGAGAGUAAUUUGUCAAUGCUCAUGGCUACAAUCCCAUUUAGAAGUAACUUUUUGGAAUUCGUUCACGUAGUUUGUGUAAGUAGUCAAACAAUUUUAAAUUUAUUAGCUCGCAUAAAGCAUUUUAGUACUCAGGUAUUCAAAUAAAUUUACCAACAACGCAC